AUGGCGAGCCGACCCGUAGAGAAGAUGGCAUCCAUUGAUGCACAGCUUCGUCAAUUGGUUCCAGCCAAAGUGAGUGAGGAUGAUAAACUCGUUGAGUACGAUGCUUUGCUCUUGGAUAAAUUCCUCCAUAUCCUCAAUGAUCUACAUGGCCAACGUCUCACCCAAACAGUGCAAGAAGCAUACGAGCUUUCAGCGGAGUACGAAGGAAAGCAGGAUCCACAGAAACUGGAGGAGCUGGGAAAACUGAUAACAAGUUUGGACGCCGGCGACUCCAUUGUGGUGGCCAAGUCAUUCUCCAACAUGCUUAAUUUGGCUAACUUGGCGGAGGAGGUUCAGAUCGCCAACCGGAGAAGGAACAAGCUCAAGAAGGGGAAUUUCUCCGACGAGAACAACGCCACCACCGAAUCUAACAUCGAAGAGACUUUCCGGAAACUCGUCGUCGAAAUGAAGAAGACGCCUGAAGAGAUCUUUCAUGAGCUGCAGAACCAGACUGUGGAUCUCGUCCUCACUGCUCAUCCCACUCAGUCUGUUCGUAGAUCUUUGCUUCAGAAAUACGCUAGGAUAAGGAAUUGUUUAAAUCAAUAUUACGCCGCGGCUGCUCCUGAUGAUAAGCAGGAGCUUGGUGAGGCCUUGCAGAGAGAGAUACAAGCUGCGUUUCGUACAGAUGAAAUAAGGAGGACGCCUCCAACACCACAAGAUGAGAUGAGGGCAGGAAUGAGCUACUUUUAUGAGACAAUCUGGAUGGGAGUUCCCAGUUUUCUGCGCAGAGUUGAUACUGCUUUGAACAACAUUGGCAUUAACCAGCGCGUUCCUUAUGAUGCUCCUCUUAUUCAGUUCUCUUCUUGGAUGGGUGGUGACCGUGAUGGUAAUCCAAGGGUGACUCCUGAAGUGACCAGGGAUGUUUGCCUAUUGGCUAGAAUGAUGGCUGCAAAUUUGUAUUAUUCCCAAAUAGAGGAUCUUAUGUUUGAGAUGUCAAUGUGGCGCUGCAACGAGGAAUUACGUGUUCGUGCAGAUGAAAUUCACAGAUCUGCCAAGAAGAAUGAUGUUGCAAAACACUAUAAAGAGUUCUGGAAGAGAGUUCCCCUAAAUGAACCAUAUCGUGUGAUUCUGGGCAACGUAAGGGAUAGACUUUACCAUACUCGUGAGCGUUCUCGCCAUUUGCUAGCUGAAGGUCACUCUGACAUUCCUGAGGAAUUAACUUACACCACAGUUCAGGAGUUCAUGCAACCACUGGAACUCUGUUACAGAUCAUUAUGUGAUUGUGGUGAUAGGGCUAUAGCAGAUGGAAGUCUUCUUGAUUUCAUGAGGCAAAUCACGGCCUUUGGACUGUCUAUGGUGAGGCUUGAUAUCAGACAAGAAUCUGAUCGUCAUAGUGAUGCUAUAGACGCCAUUACAAAACACCUCGAAAUCGGAUCCUACCAUGAAUGGUCCGAGGAAAAAAGACAAGAAUGGCUUCUCUCAGAGUUGAGUGGCAAGCGUCCAUUGUUCGGACCAGACCUUCCUCAAACCGAAGAAGUUAAGGUUGUUCUCGACACAUUCCAUGUCUUAGCAGAACUACCUCCCGGAAGCUUCGGUGCCUACAUCAUAUCGAUGGCCACCGCGCCGUCCGACGUCCUCGAGGUGGAGCUUCUGCAGAAAGAAUGCCAUGUGAAAUAUCCAUUAAGAGUUGUUCCGUUGUUCGAAAGGCUUGCAGAUUUAGAAGCUGCUCCGGCAGCGCUAGCUCGUUUGUUCUCGUUAGACUGGUACAGAAACCGAAUUAAUGGGAAACAAGAAGUUAUGAUCGGAUACUCAGAUUCUGGCAAAGAUGCCGGAAGGUUCACGGCGGCGUGGCAGUUAUACAAGGCUCAAGAAGAACUUAUAAAGGUGGCGAAACAGUAUGGUAUCAAGCUGACUAUGUUCCAUGGCCGAGGCGGAACCGUCGGGCGAGGCGGCGGGCCGACGCAUCUGGCUAUAUUAUCUCAGCCUCCGGACACGAUUCAUGGGUCGCUUCGGGUGACGGUGCAGGGAGAAGUUAUAGAGCAAUCGUUCGGAGAACAGAAUUUGUGCUUUAGAACGCUUCAGCGUUACACGGCUGCUACUUUAGAACAUGGAAUGCGUCCUCCUAUUUCCCCUAAACCAGAAUGGCGAGCUCUGAUGGAUGAAAUGGCCGCCAUUGCUACUGAGGAGUACCGUUCUAUUGUUUUCAAGGAACCACGUUUUGUUGAGUAUUUUCGCCUGGCUACACCAGAGUUGGAGUAUGGGAGGAUGAACAUAGGAAGCAGACCAGCAAAGAGAAAGCCAAGUGGGGGGAUAGAAUCACUGAGGGCAAUUCCAUGGAUCUUUGCAUGGACGCAGACAAGGUUUCAUCUGCCGGUGUGGCUAGGCUUUGGGGAGGCAUUUAAGCAAGUGAUUUCCAAAGACAAUAGGAAUCUGAAGAUGCUGCAAGACAUGUACAAUCAAUGGCCUUUCUUCAGAGUCACCAUUGAUUUGGUUGAAAUGGUGUUCGCCAAGGGAGACCCUGGCAUUGCUGCUCUGUAUGAUAAGCUUCUUGUCUCCGAGCUCAAACCUUUCGGUGAGCAGCUGAGGGCCAAAUAUGAAGAAACUAAGAAACUCCUCCUUCAGGUGGCUGGACACAAGGAAAUUCUAGAAGGGGAUCCAUACUUGAAGCAAAGACUGAAACUGAGAGAUUCAUACAUCACAACCCUAAAUGUUUGCCAAGCAUACACAUUGAAAAGUGUGAGGGAUCCAAACCAUACAAAGAAGGAGCGUCCUAAGAUCUCAAAAGACUCUACAGAUCAAGUGAGUAAAGCUGCUGAUGAGCUGGUUGCACUCAACCCCACAAGUGAAUAUGCUCCUGGUUUGGAAGAUACCCUCAUUAUUACCAUGAAGGGUAUUGCUGCUGGCAUGCAAAAUACUGGUUAA